CGCGUCAGCUGCAUGGAAAGAAAAGAAGGAACGAAAAACAAUUACAAAUGGCGCCCUACACGGAUGAAAUGAGGAGGAGGAGGAGAAGAUCCCGAUGGAGGAGGAGGAGGAGGUCCCGACGGAGGUGGAGGAGGAGGGGGUCCCGAUGGAGGAGGAGGAGGAGGUCUUGAUGGAGGAGGAGGAGGUCCCAAUGGAGGAAGAGGAGGUCCCAAUGGAGGAGGAGGUGGAGGUCCCAAUGGAGGAGGAGGACGAGGUCCCCAUGGAGGAGGGGGAGGAGGAGGAGGUCCCGAUGGAGGAGGAGGAGGAGGUCCCGAUGGAGGUGGAGGAGGAGGGGGUCCCGAUGGAGGAGGAGGACGAGGAAGAGGAGGAGGUCCCAGUGGAGGAGGAGGUGGAGGUCCCAAUGUAGGAGAAGGAGGAGGUCCCGAUGGAGGAGGAGGAGGAGGUCCUGAUGGAGGUGGAGGAGGAGGGGGUCCCGAUGGAGGAGGAGGACGAGGUCCCGAUGGAGGAGGAGGAGGAGGUCUUGAUGGAGGAGGAGGAGGAGGUCGCAAAGGAGGAGGAGGAGGAGGUCUCAAUGGAGGAGGAGGAGGAGGUUCCGAUGGAGGUGGAGGAGGAGGGGGUCCCGAUGGAGGUGGACGACGAAGUCCCGAUGGAGGAGGAGGAGGAGGUCCCGAUGGAGGAGGAGGAGGAGGAGGUCGUCCCAAUGGAGGAGGAGGUGGAGGAGGAGGAGGUCCCGAUGGAGGAGGAGGAGGAUGACGACGACGAGGAGGAUAUGGAGAGAGAGAGAAACUCACCGGCGAUGGCGAUCCAGAUGGCGGGGCUGGGGUGCCGCGUCCUCG